CAUUAUUGCAGCGUCAAUGGCUUGAGAGGCUCCUGAAGGACAGCACCACAAGCCAAUAGAGACCGGGCUACCCAGGAGACCACGUUGUAAGAGCCAAUCCGGCCCGAGUUUGGGUUUAACUCUUUAGAGGUGAGAUAUUAAUGCAUGGGAAAGUUGUCUGUAGUAACGGUGCCACGUCUGCUAGGAAGGGAGAGUCAUGAACUUGCCGGAGGCCGUUAUCCUUUAGCUUCAAAUACAUUCUUAACUCUAUGAGGUCCGGGGCCCUUUCUCUGUUUUCGUAGGAACUUCUUUCCUGCUCCAGCAACAUGAGGCUUCUUUUGUGGAACUCGGUCCUGGCGCUGUUGGUCACUUCUUCGAGCGGGGCUCUCAUCCCUGAGCCAGAAGUGAAGAUCGAAGUGCUCCAGAAGCCAUUCAUCUGCCAUCGCAAGACCAAAGGAGGGGAUUUGAUGUUGGUCCACUAUGAAGGCUACUUAGAAAAAGACGGCUCUUUAUUUCACUCAACUCACAAACAUAACAAUGGUCAGCCCAUCUGGUUUACCCUGGGCGUCUUGGAGGCUAUCAAAGGUUGGGACCAGGGCUUGAAGGGAAUGUGUGUUGGAGAGAAGAGAAAGCUCAUUAUCCCUCCUGCCCUGGGUUAUGGAAAAGAAGGAAAAGGUAAAAUUCCCCCUGAGAGUACACUGAUAUUUAACAUUGAUCUCCUGGAGAUUCGAAAUGGACCAAGAUCUCAUGAAUCAUUCCAAGAAAUGGAUCUGGAUGAUGACUGGAAACUCUCUAAAGAAGAGGUAAAAGUGUAUUUAAAGAAGGAGUUUGAAAAGCAUGGUGCGGUGGUGAAUGAAAGUCAUCAUGAUGUUUUGGUGGAGGAUAUUUUUGAUAAAGAAGAUGAAGACAAAGAUGGAUUUAUAUCUGCUAGAGAAUUUACAUAUAAACAUGAUGAGUUAUAGAGAUACCUCUGCUCAUUUUAUAUAGCAUUUAUCCUUAGAAGACAACCAUCUUUUAAAAGUCUUAUUUUUGAACAUUGCUCUGUUAUUGCUUUGUUUUUUAUUUUUAUAUAUUAUUCUGAAUAUUAUUUGAAGAAACCCUUAGGGUUUCUGAGUACCUAGUUCUUUCUGGUGAGUUAUUGGAAAGAAAAAAAAUGCCAUUAAAUAGAAGAUUUCUAGACCAUUUUCACAUACUUGUAUGAAGUCUUAUGUUUUACUUGCUUACUUAUAAUUUUAAAAUAUUGUACCUGGGAGUAUGCCCAACAUAAGACCAGGCAUAGUUCAAAUCAGCAACCUUUUGUUUCUACUUCCCUCUAUUUUCUCUAAUUUAGAUACUGACGUUUGGAAAGUCUUUUGCAAUAGCCCAAGGCUUACUGUUUUCAUGUUAUAAUGAAACAGUGUGUCUGUAACUACCUUUGUGUCUCUGCUUAAGGAAACAGAAAAAUGGUGUUGAACUGUAUUAGUUCCUGCUUGACUUGAGGAGAUGUGAUAUGCUGAAAUGAUUAACAAAGUUACUAACUUAUAGAUAUAUUGAAACAUUCUGCCUAAGACUCAAGCUAUGUAAGGUUUCGGUUCCUGAUGGCUACUGAUCUAUCAUGAUAAACAGGACAAAUUA